GACGUAUCUUUGACAACAGUAUUUAAUUGAGAAUCCCGUCAUUCUUCUAAUGCGAUAUGAAAGGAAACUGAAACAUCGAUAUGGAAUUCGUAUUCUGGUUUCCAUCGUGGAACUACAAUAAUAGGUAGAGAAUGUUUAUUUAAUAUCUUUACAACAUCUGGAAUGAACAUAUACUUUUUUGUGCUGGUGUUGAAGCCAGCUAAAUAAUAUGGAUCUUUAUAUUAAAACUCUUACUGGUACAGUUUUUGAAUUGCGUGUAAACCCAUUUGAAACUAUUUUGAGUAUCAAGGCAAAAUUGCAGAACUUAGAAGGUAUUCCUAUUUCCCAGCAGCAUCUUGUUUGGCAUGCUGAAGAGUUAGAAGAUGAAUUUUGUCUUUUUGAUUACAAUAUUUCAAGUGGUUCAAGUCUGCAGUUAGUACUUGCAAUGAGGGGAGGGCCUAUAAAUAUGCGCAAAUUGUCUGUUGAAGAACCGUUUGUUAAAGAAAUUGAAGAAGUUAUAGAGAGCAAGAAAGAUGAAGUAUGGAAUCAAAUAAUGAAAGAUGAUAAUCAGUUCACACUUGUUGUUUUCAGAGAUGGAGAAAAGUUAAAUUUUUUCAGAGUUUAUGAUUAUUCAGAUGGUAGCAACCCUUCACAUAGUGAAUCUUUAAGCACUACAUCUCUAUGUAAUGUGGAUGAAGAUGAAAGAGAUGAUACUUCAACUUCCAUGGCUAAACAUGUUGAAAAUGUAAUAACAAAAGACAAAAUGCAAACUCUUCGCAAAAAGAUUGAGUUAUGUAAAAAUAGUAAAAUAUCACAUGAACCACCAGUUAACCUAAGAGGUGAUGGUUUUUCUAAGCAUCAGUCAUUUAACUUACAGACUUGUCAUGUAAUUCCUACAAAACAAGAAAAGUCAAAUAUCAAUAAUACAUCCAGCAAGCUAAAUUUUUCAUCAGAUAAAUUAUGCAAUAGCAUAACAUCUUCUCUUAUAAAGCACCAACCACUACCUCCUGUUAUGAAGCACCAGCCAUUACCUUCUGUUAUGAAGCACCAACCACUACCCUCUGUUAAAACUAAAAGCAAACCUAUGCUAAGUUGUGACACAACCUUUAUUGAUAAACGUAAAAUUGAUCAUAGUAAUGUAGAUCUUCUAAAAAGCUGUAGCCAUAAGACCCAGAGGAACUAUAGUCAUGGAAGAACAUCAAGUGAAAAUGAAAAUUCUCUGCCAUUUCAUAAACAAUAUAGUAAUUUGCCCAGUUUGAAUGAAAAAAUAAAUUUACACAAAGAUAUUUCAUGUGAGCGUUUUUCAUCAUCUGAAUCUUCUAAACAUGGUAAUGUAUUGAAGUCUUUAAGCGCUAUGAAUAAGACUGAAACCAGAGAUUUUUUAUAUAGACCUAAUAAGUCAUCUCACAGUAGUAUUACAACUCUAAAUGAUAAUUUUUUUAAAGAAGAUACAAUUGAUUUAGUAGAUAAUGAAAGCUAUAAAGCCCUAGUGCAAUGGAUGCAACCUCAGUUAAAAGAAACAAAGAAACAUUUACCUAGAGUACCUAAUGCUGUUCAAAAACAUACAUCUAAAACUGAAGUUCUUGAAAAAGUUUCAUGUCUUCCUUCAAUAAAUGAUAAUUUAUGCACAACUCUUUCAACAAAAAAGAAAAGACUGAGGUGCAUGGUUUGUUCAAAAAAGCUGGGCUUAGCAACUACUUAUGAGUGUCGGUGUUCUCAAAAAUUUUGCUCUGUUCAUCGAUAUCCAGAAACGCACACAUGCUCCUUUGAUUAUAAAUUGGACGGCCGAAAGUUGUUGGAAAAAAACAAUCCAAUCGUUGUUGCGCCUAAACUUCCAAAAAUAUAAAUAUUUUCCAUUUUUCUUAUUUUUGUACCAUUAUUAUUUUUUAAUGCAUCGAUAUCUUUCUUUUCUAUGUUUUUGUAAGCAUUUAAACUUCUGGUUAUAAAUAGAAUAAUUCAUUAUUUUUUGGA